ACUACCUACUUUCAAGCAAUACAAAAGUUUCCGUAUUUCCUUCUUUUUGUUGUCAUCAGUCGUCCUGUCCUGCAGCCCUCUUCCUUUAAAUCCUUCUUUCAUAUAUACAUAUUUGCUUUCUUCCUCAUAGUGACGUUGUUUAUCCAUCCGAUUUCUUCUCCUUCUGUCCGCCCAUUCCAGUUUAUUACCAUACUACUUCGCGCAAUUUCCUUUCUGGCGGAGAAAGAGAGGAUUUUGUUACCCUCUUUCAGUUUUUAUAUCAUCACGUUUUGCAAUUUGCUUAUACCCACAGUCGGAAAGCCCUAUUUGGCUUUUGGGUACUUGUCAAUUCGAAGUGGGUUGUCGGUAAUUUGUAAUCGCAUCUACAUUGGUGUAUAUUCGAGAGAGAAAUCAUGUUGAUACCCAAAGAACUCGAGCAGGUGAUGCGACAGAGAGGUGGGUCCGUUCUGGGUAAGAAGACCAUUCUCAAGAGCGAUCAUUUUCCUGGUUGCCAAAACAAGCGUUUAUCUCCUCAGAUUGAUGGAGCCCCCAAUUAUCGCCAGGCUGAAUCUUUGCAUGUUCAUGGUGUUGCGAUCCCCACUGUGGAUGGUAUUCGGAAUGUUCUCAACCAUAUUGAAGCUAAAAUAGAAGGGAAACAAAUGCGUGUGCUUUGGAUUAGUCUUCGUGAGGAACCGGUGGUUUAUGUUAAUGGGCGCCCCUUUGUUUUGCGGGAUGUAGAGAGACCCUUCUCCAACCUAGAGUACACGGGCAUCAACAGGGAUAGGGUGGAGCAAAUGGAAGCUCGUCUGAAGGAAGAUAUUCUUCUAGAAUCUUCGAGAUACGGAAAUAAGAUUCUUGUAACUGAUGAACUGCCAGACGGUCAGAUGGUUGAUCAGUGGGAACCAAUAACAAAUGAUUCUGUUAAAACACCACUUGAGGUGUAUGAAGAGCUACAAGCACAUGGUUAUCUUGUUGACUAUGAACGUAUUCCAAUAACAGAUGAAAAAUCACCCAAGGAGCAGGAUUUUGAUAGUUUGUUUAAGAAAAUUUUGCGAGCCGAUAUUAGUACAGAGGUGAUCUUUAAUUGUCAAAUGGGACGUGGUAGAACUACAACUGGAAUGGUCAUUGCGACCUUGGUUUAUCUUAACCGAAUUGGGGCUUCUGGUAUUCCAAGGUCUAAUUCAAUCGGGAGAAUUUCAGGACACAGUUCCUCAAUUUCAGACAAUUUAUUGAACUCAGAGGAGGCAAUUCGCAGAGGAGAAUAUGGAGUUAUUAGAAGUCUGAUUCGGGUUCUUGAGGGUGGUCUUGAAGGAAAAAGGCAAGUGGACAAAGUAAUUGAUAAGUGUGCUGCUAUGCAGAACCUACGUGAAGCUAUUGCUACAUAUCGUAAUAGUAUUUUGCGUCAAACAGAUGAGAUGAAGAGGGAGGCAUCACUUUCCUUUUUUGUGGAAUACCUCGAAAGAUAUUAUUUCCUCAUAUGUUUCUCUGUUUACCUCCAUACUGAAAGAACCACACUCUCACCCGAAUCCUCUGGUCAAAGCAGUUUUAUUGACUGGAUGAAAGCAAGGCCAGAGUUGUACAGUAUCCUUCGCAGGUUGCUUAGGAGAGAUCCAAUGGGUGCACUUGGUUACACCAACUCUAAUCUAUCGGGGCUUAGAGUUAUUGAAUCUGCUGAUGGCCGCCCUUGUGAGAUGAGUGUCGUUGCAGCCUUAAGGAACGGUGAAGUGCUUGGGCGUCAAACUGUCCUUAAGAGUGACCGCUGCCCUGGCUAUCAAAACCCUAAUUUACCAGAUAGAGUUGACGGUGCACCAAAUUUUAGGGAAAUACCUGGAUUUCCCGUUUAUGGUGUUGCAAAUCCAACCAUAGAUGGCAUUCGAUCUGUCAUCAGGAGAAUAUAUAGAUCUAAUGAUGGAAUACCUGUACUUUGGCACAACAUGAGAGAAGAACCUGUUAUUUAUAUCAAUGGCAAGCCAUUUGUACUUCGUGAGGUUGAAAGACCCUAUAAGAACAUGCUUGAGUAUACGGGAAUUGAUCGUGAGAGAGUUGAGAGGAUGGAAGACCGACUAAAGGAAGAUAUACUGCGGGAAUCUAAGAAGUAUGGUGGUGCUAUAAUGGUUAUCCAUGAAACUGAUGAUGGGAAAAUAUUUGAUGCUUGGGAACAAGUGAGUUCUGAUGCAAUCCAGACCCCAUUGGAUGUUUUCUCAUCUUUGGAGGCUGAGGGAUUCCCUAUCAAGUAUGCCCGUAUGCCAAUAACUGAUGGAAAAGCUCCAAAAAGUUCGGACUUUGACAAAUUGGCUCUGAAUAUUUCAUCAGCUUCUAAGGAUACUGCUUUUGUUUUCAAUUGCCAGAUGGGUAUAGGGAGGACAACCACUGGUACUGUAAUUGCUUGUCUUUUGAAGCUUCGAAUUGAUUAUGGUCGACCAAUCAGAAUCCUAGUUGACAGUAAUCCUCGUGAAGAAACAGAUGGUGACAUAUCAAGCGGUGAUGAAACUAUGAAUGCUUCAAUUUCUACAAUGGUUGGACCUGGAAAGGAGAGCAAGCAUGCUUUCGUGAUAGAUGAUAUAUUAUUGUUGUGGAAGAUUACAAGAUUAUUUGAUAACGGGGUUGACUGUAGGGAGGCUUUAGAUGUUAUUAUUGAUAAAUGCUCCUCUCUGCAGAAUAUACGCCAAGCUGUAUUACAGUAUAGAAAGGUAUUUAAUCAACAAAAUGUAGAGCCAAGAGAAAGGAGAGUGGCUUUGAAUCGAGGGGCAGAGUACCUUGAACGUUAUUUUCGUUUAAUUGCUUUUGCUGCAUAUCUUGGAAGUGAAUCUUUUGAUGGGUUCUGUGAAAAAGGCAGCCAAUCUAGGAUGACAUUCAAAAACUGGUUACAUCAAAGACCGGAAGUGCAAGCAAUGAAAUGGAGCAUAAGAUUGAGACCUGGACGCUUUUUCACAGUCCCUGAGGAGUUGAGAGCACCACAUGAAUCUCAACAUGGAGAUGCAGUGAUGGAGGCUAUUGUACGGGAUCGUAAUGGUUCAGUGCUAGGGAAGGGCUCUAUACUGAAGAUGUAUUUCUUUCCUGGUCAAAGAACUUCAAGUAGUAUCCAAAUCCAUGGUGCACCGCAUGUUUACAAGGUGGAUGGUUACCCUGUCUAUAGUAUGGCAACUCCAACAAUUAUGGGUGCGAAAGAGAUGCUAUCAUAUCUAGGCACCCAACCAAACACUGCAGGAGAAGGGCUUGUCCGCAAAGUGAUUAUAACUGACCUAAGAGAAGAAGCUGUAGUUUACAUAAACGGCACACCAUUUGUUCUUAGGGAACUGAAUAAACCAGUUGAUACACUCAAACAUGUGGGAAUCACUGGUCCCGUGGUGGAACACAUGGAAGCUCGACUUAAAGAAGAUAUACUAUGCGAAAUCAAGCAAUCUGGAGGGAGAAUGCUUUUGCACCGCGAAGAAUACAGCCCAGCUUCACAUCAGGCUAGUGUGAUUGGUCUUUGGGAGAACAUAUUUCCAGAUGAUGUGAAAACUCCUGCAGAAGUAUAUGCUGCAUUAAAGGAUGAGGGUUAUAAUAUUGAGUAUAGCAGGAUACCGUUAACAAGAGAAAGAGAAGCUUUAGCUUCUGAUGUUGAUGCAAUUCAAUACUGUAAAGAUGACUCUGCAGGUUCUUAUCUGUUUGUAUCGCACACAGGAUUUGGAGGGGUUUCAUAUGCGAUGGCUAUUAUUUGUAUAAGACUUGAUUCUGAAGCAAAAGGUCCUACAAAUGCUCAUUCGUUUCUUCAACCUUAUCGAAUCUCUGAUGAAGAGGCUCGUCGAAAUGGUGACUAUCGAGACAUACUAAAUCUCACUAGAGUCCUACCAUGUGGCCCCCAAAGUAAAGAAGAUGUUGAUGUUAUCAUAGAAAGGUGUGCGGGUGCUGGGCAUCUGAAAGAUGAUAUCGUGUAUUACAACAAGGAACUUGAGAAGCUGUCUGAUGGAGAUGAUGAUCAAAAAUCGUUCCUCAUGUAUAUGGGUAUCAAGGCUUUAAGGCGAUACUUCUUCCUGAUAACUUUUAGAUCCUAUCUUUACUCCACAUCAGCUACAGAGACUACAUUCUCAUCUUGGAUGAACGCCAGGCCUGAACUCGGACACAUUUGCAAUAACCUGAAGAUUGAUAAAUGAUCUGACAAAUAAAACAGCACGGUUUCUCGCUCUUACGAGGAGUAGGGAUUGGUAAGACCUGUAUAGGCGCAUGCUGGUAUAUAAAAAAAACAAAAUAUAUGUAUGACAGUUAAAAUCCGUCUUUUGUUUUUUAUUUUUUUUCUCUGUAUUCAGUGUAGUAAGUAGCUAUAUGAAAUGUAGAGUUCAAUUUUUAUGGUUAAACCCUAUGUUCAUAAGCUUGAUCAGAUUGUUGUCAACAAUGGAUUGUAGAAGCUUCUUAGCUUGAUUUGGGAUUAUUUAGUAUUUAUUAGCCUGUAUUUCUGAA